AUGAACAUAUUUAAAAAAAUUCAAUUAAAUUGUUGUAUAGUGAGAAAGAAAAGUGCCUGUACUAAAAUGAAGCUCGACAAAAUGGCUACCAUAAUUAAUUGUAAGGAAGAUAAGUCGUACAUCAAAGCUGCAGACUUCCUGUUAAAUGGUCAUGUUAUAGCAGUCCCAACAGAUACUAUAUACGGUCUGGCCUGCAGUGCAAAUUGUCCAGAUGCAAUCAAAAAACUAUAUACUAUUAAAGGCAGAGAUGCUGCUAAACCAGUCGCUAUAUGUGUAACAUAUAUAUCUGAUAUUAGAAAAUGGGGUGAAGCUACACAUUUAAGUGACCAACUGCUCAACAGCCUACUACCUGGCCCAGUUACAAUAGUUUUACAUAAAACAAAACUUUUAGACAAUCCUUAUCUAAACCCUCACACAUCAAAAAUUGGUAUUCGUAUUCCGAAUUAUGACUUUAUAAAUAACAUGUCGAAGGUAUUUAAUAUGCCAGUGGCACUGACAAGUGCAAAUUUUAGCAAUGAACCGUCUACUUUAUGUGUUCAGGAGUUUCAACAUCUUUACAAACACCUAGGUGCAGUGUUUGAUGGUGGUGUCCUCAGUCGGGGCUUAGAACGAAAUAGAACAGGUUCAACUGUAAUAGACUUAUCAGAAAUAGGGAAAUAUAGAAUAAUAAGAAAAGGUAUUUCGUAUGAAAACAUUGUAGAUUUAUUACAAAGUCAUGGUUUAACCAGUAUUGUUGAAUAAUUUUUUGUUAAAUUGUGAUAAAUCACCAAAAUU